AUGUCGGCCUCGGUUUUGGCUCGCGCCUCGCGAGGGGUCUGCUCACGAAAUGCGUGGUCUGCUGUUCGAGCACAAGAUGCCACAUCGCGCCGGAUACCUGCCGUCUCGGCACUGGCUCGAUACUAUGCCUCCAAAUCAUAUCCUCCACACACCAUCAUCUCCAUGCCUGCGCUCUCACCCACGAUGACUGCAGGUAACAUCGGCACAUGGCAGAAGAAGCCGGGCGACACACUCGCGCCAGGCGACGUCUUGGUCGAGAUUGAGACCGAUAAAGCACAGAUGGACUUUGAGUUCCAAGAGGAGGGCGUUCUGGCGAAGAUUCUGAAAGACUCCGGAGCGAAGGACGUCGCAGUGGGCAACCCUAUCGCUGUGUUGGUUGAGGAGGGCGGCGAUGUUUCCGCGUUCGAGUCAUUCAGCGUCGAGGAUGCUGGAGGCGAGAAGGCUCCGCCUGCGGAGGAGAAGAAGGCAGGCCAGGAAGAUUCAAUGGCGUCCGAACCGCCAGAGACUGGUUCAAAGACUGCGCCUGCACCAAAUGAAGAAAAGAGCGAGGGAUCUUCCAGCCCGAAGCAGCCCGAGUCCACCGGCGAACGACUACAGACAUCACUGGAACGUGAGCCCUCCAUCUCGCCAGCAGCUAAGAAGUUCGCCCUGGAGAAGGGUGUUCCGAUCGCCAAGGUCAAGGGCACUGGUCCUGGCGGUCAAAUCACCAAGAAGGACAUUGAGAAGUUCCAACCGACCGGCGGCGCGACCGCUUCAGCUCCUGCGGCAGCGGGCGCCCCUGCGUACGAAGACAUUGAGGCUUCCAGCAUGCGCAAGACCAUCGCCUCCCGCCUCACUUCGUCCAUGCAGCAGAACCCUCACUACUUCGUUGCCUCGUCCAUCUCCGUCUCCAAGCUCUUGAAAUUGCGUGCCGCUCUCAACGCCUCUGCGGAUGGAAAGUACAAAUUGUCCGUCAACGACUUCCUCGUCAAGGCCCUCGCCGCCGCUGCGCGUCGCGUGCCCGCCGCCAACAGCUCAUGGCGCGAGAUCGACGGCAAAGUCGUCAUACGUCAGCACAACACCGUGGACGUCUCCGUCGCCGUCGCCACCCCCAUCGGCCUCAUGACCCCGAUCGUCCGCAACGUCACCGGCACCGGCCUCGAGGCCAUCUCCUCCCAGAUCAAGGACCUGGGCAAGCGCGCCCGGGACGGGAAGCUCAAGCCCGAGGAAUACCAGGGCGGCACCAUCACCAUCUCCAACAUGGGCAUGAACGACGCCAUCGACCGCUUCACCGCCGUCAUCAACCCUCCCCAGGCGACCAUCAUCGCCGUCGGCGCCGUCAAGAAGGUCGCCAUCCCCCGGGAGAACGAGGACGGAAGCGACGGGUUCGAAUGGGACGAGCAGAUCGUCAUCACGGGCUCCUUCGACCACAAGGUCGUCGACGGCGCCGUCGGCGGCGAGUUCAUGCGCGAGCUGAAGAAGGUCAUCGAGAACCCGCUCGAGUUCGUGCUGUAG